UGCGUGGAGAAGGGGCAGCUCCAGCUCCCACUGAGCGCCACGGCGUCGCAUAUUUCCCUCUCACCUAUACACAGUUUUACCUCGGCUGCCGUGGCCCCCAUGUGGCCCCUCCCUUACCGGACUGCACCGAUAAAUGGGUUAACUCUGUCACCGGGAAAAGAUAAAUGCACCGGGAGCGUCGGGAGAUCCCUCCCUCUCUCCCUUCUGUUUGACCGAGCUGCGCUCAGAGCUUCAGCCGGACACCAUCUCCAUCUUCUGCGCUGUUAUUUCGACAGAGUAAACUGCAUUUAAUUCGUGAUUUAUAAUUUAUUGGAAGAGACUGGCAACAGCAGCUAGCAGCAGCAGCAGCACCACCACCACCACCACCGGUUCUUAGACCCAGACCCGUGGGCGGCUGGGUGGCGUCCGUCUGGGCGAGCUGAUAGGACGAAGAUCUGGCACCACUGCUUCAACACCCCAAAAUCUCAAGAUAUGGCGAUGAGAAGUGAGAUGUAGAACACGAAUGGGAGGCCAUUCAUGUGGGGACUGGGCUUCAGCUGAAACGGAUCAGAUUUCUGAGAACCACCCUCACCUCCAUCAUCCCCCUCCUCAAACCAGUUGAUAUUUUGUGAAUAACUAUCCAAAAAGUGUGGAGCACAUGACCCACUGGUGAAUUCCCGAAGCAGGUCCAACACACAGACUGAAUGAGUCCAUCUUUGGCUGUCGGACGGACUCCUCAAGAGCACAGGACGGAUGCAAACAGACUAAAUACAUCUUGGCAAUUCCAAACACCCUCAGCAUCUCCGCACACGGUGUUGUAACCGAGCGUGGUGAAUCUCACACCGGCGGACCAGUGCUUUCACAGCCAGGUAGGCUACAGCCAGGGAGAAGAUGCCAUUCCACCAUGUGCGGGCGGGCCUGCUCUAUCCAGACAACUACCUGAGCAGCUCCCUGACCGAGGGCAGCGAAGCCUUCCAGCUCACCAGUAUCUCCACAGAGGAGCUGGGUGAGAUCCGUGAGGCGUUUCGUGUUUUGGAUCGUGAUGGGAAUGGUUUCAUCUCCAAACAGGAGCUGGGCAUGGCCAUGCGCUCCCUGGGUUACAUGCCCAGCGAAGUGGAGCUGGCCAUCAUCAUGCAGAGACUGGACAUGGACGGGGAUGGCCAGGUGGAUUUUGAGGAGUUCAUGACGAUACUGGGGCCCAAACUUUUGUCGUCUGACAACAGAGAAGGAUUCUUGGGCAACACCAUUGACAACAUCUUCUGGCAGUUUGACAUGCAGCAGCUGUCUCUGGAUGAGCUGAAGCAGGUGCUGUUCCACGCCUUCAGGGACCACCUGACAAUGAAGGACAUAGAGAACAUCAUCAUCACCGAGGAGGAGAGCCUCAAUGAAACCUCAGGGAACUGCCCUGAGUAUGAGGGAGUGCAUCCUAAGAAGAAGAAUCGUCAGACGUGUGUCAGGAAAAGCCUGAUCUGCGCCUUCGCUAUGGCUUUCAUCAUCAGUGUCAUGCUUAUUGCAGCCAAUCAGAUGCUGCGGAAUGGCAUGGAGUAACCAAUUGCACUGUGAGCAUGGGGAGUGGACAGAAUAGCCAUGACCUCACAUCUUGUCUUUACAGCCAAAGCUGGACCAGCCACAACCCAAGCACUUCUCUGAACAAUCAGUUGUGUUUUUUUGUUUAGUUUUCAGUUUAACUUAUAGAAGCAGCAUGUAAGUGCAAUGAAGAGAGAUAUAUUUGUUUCCUAUUGAAGAUGUCACCUUGUAAAGUUACUGGACUUAGUGAUUUUAAGGAAACUGAACAGAGAAGGAAAUAUGUUUUUAUAUAUUAAAUUGUGAUAAGAGGGUUUUAUUUUGCUGUUUUCAAGACAGAGACCACCCUUUAAACUUGAUUUUCUAAUUACCUAAAAUGUUUAUAACAUUUAUCAGGUGCUUUGAGCCAUUAUUAAUUUAAAUAAAAAAAAAAACAAACAGUGGAUAUUAUGGACAACUGCAUACUUACCCCAAAAGAGUCACAAUGAAUGUGCAUUAAGUGAAUGUGGGCGCUGAAUGUUGGGUACAGCAUUGAACUGCAUUUUCUUUAUUUUUUAAUCUCACCUCUCAUCAUUUGUAAACAUCACACCCUCUGUUAAAUGUCGGCAUCCUUGGCUCCGUCCAGUAAUCUUGGGGCAUAUGAAAUUUUUAUGUGUAUCUUCAAGGAGCACAACUCAAUACUCAGUGAGGGACCAGUCGAGAAUAAUCACAGCCACACUAGCUCUACAGGACUGAUUUAUUACUUACAAUUUGUGUGGCUGCAUAUGGACAGUUUUGUUGAUUUGAAUCAUGUUAACUCACACUGAAUCAGGCUCAGAGUUUUAAAUAUACAGAGGUUUCAAUUAAGAGACACCAAAAAUGUCUAAUGUUUGAAGGUUUGGACUAAUAAAAGGACCGGAUCAAGGGAAUUUUUAGGUACAUAUUGUAAUAAAAAUGUUUAAUUUAUGCAUCUCAUUAUUAUAAUACUGCCCAAAUGUGGUAAAUAGAGGCCACACAGAAGCAUGCCAGUAUCUACACUGCCAUAUGAAACCACAUCAUAAUUACUCCAAUUCCAGACCCCUGUGGAUUUCAUUGUAUAUAGAGCACUACUUAGCUUGUGUAAUGUAUUACUCCUUUCAACAGCAGAAUGUAUAAAGGGUAGAAACUAGUGAGAUAUAUCAGGGAUUUAAAGUAGAGUGCUGUGAUGCGCUGUUGGUACAGCUGUUAUCUUGGAAGAGGUUGCAUCCUGGUGGUUUAAAUCAGAACUGCAGCUAAACGCUUGAACAACCGUGUUUACAAGGUGUUCAGAAGUGAAGAACAACACCACUGAAUUUUACCUUCGAUAUGUGACAGAAACAUGUCACAAGGGCAGUUUUGUGUGGACCGGGGAGCAUUCAUGUCUAUUUCCUAAAGCAAAAAAA